AUGGGUCAACCAUUCUGUAGAACAGUCGACGUGCUAAAAUGCAAAAAGUCGGCCGUGACUGUGCUUUAUGUUUAUGGGUUGAUGUUGGCAUUUUAUCUUUCGUUUAUUUCAGUAGUCAUGAGUGAAGCAAUAUUAGGUGUUACACAGUCAGUUAUUCUCGCUUAUGACGUUGCCACAGCCAUAGUUUUUAUAAACUCGUCGUUAAAUCCUUUCAUUUAUUGCUGGAGAAUGGCACAAAUACGAUUUGCUGUCAAAAAUAUUCUUAAAAACUUUAUCUGAAUUUAAAAAUGAUGCAACUUAACACACUGUAAAAGGGGAAACAACUCAGUUUUGAGCUCAUUCACAUCUUUGUAUAAAUAGUCUCGUCGUAAUCUGGAACUGUCGCCUUAGUUCAAUUUGAAAAGGUAUGUUGUCUAGCAUAAGAAAAGUCAAGUUUAUAUAAAAAUGACUCGCGCGACGGGGGAAGGCGCCCUCCCCCUCGCUCGUGUCUGGCGCUACUUGCUCGAUUCGUGCUUGCCUUCGCUCGCCUGAAAAGCGCGAAAAAUAACGGCUGUUGUGCGGGCUAAAAUGGAUAUAUAUAGUUACCAAUUUAUGUAUAAAUGCAGAAGCUGUAUGCUUAUGAUAAAAGUUACAAGUAGUAUAAGUAUAUAGUGAAUAUAACAAAGAGAGAUUACUACACUUUUAUGAAGCACAAAGCCCCGCGGCGUCUAAUAAAAACUUAAAAGCGUAGAGGGGCCGUUUAUCAGAUAUAAGACGUUUAUUUGAGACAGGGCGCUUAUUAGGUCAUUUCUGGUAAACAAAAAAGUUUGCUCUUUGAUUUUCAAAAUUUCCUUAAACGCACGCGUAACAGAAAAACAAAUGCUCCCAUUGGUUGGUUGAGAUGCUACAAUCCGUCAUUUCCUCAUCUCCCAUGAUACACCUUGUUUCCCCCACCCCACCCCCCUAAAAAUAAUUUAAAAAAAUAAAAAAUGGCUUUACUUUCUCCUGGGUAUUACAGUGGUCCCAACAGAAAUUGAGGACAAUGCUUAUGCAAACAUCUUGGGGAAAACAAGGUGUAUUAUGGAAGAUGUGCAAAUGGCGAAUCGCAGUUUGAAAGAAAAUGAUUCUUGUGAGAGUGGCUCCAUAAGGGUCUUCAGGGUCAACACCUCCCACGUUUGAGCAUAAACUUCGUCGUCAUUAAUAAAGAUUAGGAAAAAUUACCAACUCAGCUGUAUUAGGUAAAGGUGGGAAUUUGUCAUGAUCAGGUUUAUAAUGACACCAGAGUUGUCUUAUCUACGAAAUGACGCCAUUACCUAUUUUACUUGUAGCCGUAUUUCUCGGUACUGGGACCUGUUCUUCCAAAAUCGUUCACGGAAGCUUUUUUCUCCAAUAUCCGCCUCGACUCUCUUGAAGUUCAAGUGAAAUCUAUGUGAGCGUUAUCGAGAUAUUUUGGAAUGAAGUUUUUAUGGUUUGAAAUGUGGUAAAAAGUGGACAAUCUUGACGUUCGACCGUUAUGGAGCCCGGUCUUUAUCUGUGGAAACGAAGCGCAAUUGCAACUCAUAGUUGUUUCAAUCUUUUUUUAAAAAAAGAAAGCGUGAAAGAUCACGGAGAUAGCUUUAGCCGAUUGCUAGUUAGAAAAAAGGAUUUGAUUAGUAUCUAUUGAGGAGCUCUUGUUAGCGGUUUUGCAAAUAUUUUGGUCUACUUUAACAAAAAAAUAAUAAACAAAUAACGUUGAAACCGCUAGGUGCUUUCUUUUUUCACAAAUUAAUUUGAGAUUCUCGAGAUUAACGGUCUUUUUAUAUGGCCUUUGAGUUUCAAGAUUAUUGAUAUUUCGCGUGAGGAAACAAUGCAUUUGAAAUAUGGAAAAAUGUUCGCUAUUGUUGUUGGCGAAAAACGCGGCCACAUCGGACGAGUUUUCUUUGUUUUUUUUUUUUAAGUCUUAGGUGCUCUGUGCACCAGUCUGUAAGACCAAUGAUCGCUUUGCGAGUUAUGAGAGUGUGAUUAUGGAGGCCCGUUCUUUUCAAAAUCGUUUUUAAUAAAAUUGCCUCAGAAGUCACUUUUUUGGCAAUGCAUCUCUCCCUUCGUGUAUUUUUGUCAUCACUACACCAUGAUUUUUUCAGCGUGUUGUUAUAAUUAAUUAUUACAAUAUUUCGCCAUUUACUAUUAAAUCAUUAGCUUACCUUGAAUAAUUCCCUUGGACGUCAUUAGGCUGCUUUUUGUUAUUUCAAUCCGCCCACAACAAAUCGACCCUAUUUGAUGGGCACAUACAAUAAUUAUUUCACCUCCGUGCAUCAUUCAAGAAAAAUAGGACUCUAGCUGUGUCUUUAAGUAUCGCUGCAUCUGAAAUAAAUUCUAUCAUUACUUGGCUCCCUAUGGUACGGUUAAAACAUUAUAUAUUCUGAAAUUGUUUAAUAAAAUAUACCAAGUAAAACAGAAAUGCAAGUUAGUACAAGAAAAGAACUCCGCUCACUACAACUUGGCUUGGGUUUGAGUGCUUUCCUCCUUCUAGGGUACCACUAUUAUUUGCGCGCCAGAAUAAUUUCUUUCAGCUUUUGAUUACUUUAUUUUGCAUGAAUCCCAUCGGCAUAAUUAGACCCUUUCCUUUAACUAUCGUACCACUUGACACCGACCAGUCUAAUCUUAGCUAUUUUGUUGCUGUUAUAUUAUGGGCUCAAACACUUUCAUUAAAAGCGGCUGCUUCGUUUUCUGAGCCUCUUGUUUGCGUUGUAUUGUUUCUUAUAUUUUAUCAUGUCUCUAGUGCUCAGGUUGUAACGAUUUGAAUCUUUUCAUGAUACAGAUAAAAGCAAUGACUGUAUACAAUACUUAGUCAACGCGCGACGCCUCCUGAAUGUGUGCCACGGAAUAGCCAAAUAAAGCUUGGUUUCUGUUACCUUCGGUGCUAGAGGUAAUGUAAGUAUUGUAUUUGGCGAUUGAAAAACCCACAAAGCUGAGAAGCUGCCCCACUUUAAAAUUACCGUUCCCCGCUUUUCAGUAAUGCUCGUCUUCAGCUAGUUUCGCCGCCCGGGAGGUUCAACAAAAAUAGGCUAAAUAAAUGAAAGUUUGGGUGGAAUCGCCCCAUUUAAUGGUUUUGGAUUCAAGAUUAUUCACGGUGGAUUCCGGAUUCCAUGUACUGGAUUCCAGGCUUUUUCAGUGGAACUUGGAUUCUGGAUUCCAAAACGGCAUUCCUUGAGCUGUAUUAGGACUGAUAGUACGGUUUAACGUGUUUCGAUGUAGUUUUUCAGAGGCCAUAGCGAUAUUCUUCAAUCGCUUUAAAAGUGAUUUUAUCCUUGUCUGAUCGCUAUAAAAUUUUUACCAAUGAUUGACUAUAGAUUGAAAUGUGUCAAAAUGUAGGUUUUAGUGAAAUCGAUAUGACUAUGACAACAAUAAACAAAAAACUUUGAAAUUGAAAAACACUUAAUUUUGCGCGAUCUAGACCUCCGUAAGAAGUAAAAAAUUCUGUAUGUUUGAAUUCGAUUAAAACGAAAAUAUAUUUCAAACCUUAAAUUUUCAAAAGUCGUGAUAGAUUAUUUAAUAAAAACGUUAUAAAUCACUCAAAUUACUUUAAGUAGCGUCAGAAUGCUGCUUAAUAUCUUAUUUCGAUGCCAGGAAAUUUUGCGAUCUUAAAAACUAACCUGUUCAGUCUCACCACCUGUCCAAGUGCAACUUCAUUCAAAAUUUGGACUUUUAACGCUUUUUUGUAUAUCUCUGAAACGGCUCGAGCGAAUUUUUUUAAAAUCUCUUCAUACAAUCUUCAUAAUGUAUUUAAUAAUGUCUAAAACUUUCAUUAAGAUUGAUUCACUGCAACGCCUUGAAAUGUCAAGACAAACCUAUCUUACGAACCGGUCAAAAAUCCGUGCUACAACAUUCACUGUGAUGACGUUAUGCUAAUUUUUCCAAAUUAAUGCGGAAAAUACAUAUAUCCAUGACUAGCACAUUUCAGAGUGAGUAUUGUCAAUGUUUUACAUUCAAAAGAUGCGAUAAAUUCAAACUAAAAUGUACUAAUCAUGGAGGUAUACGUAUAGUGCGCAUUAUUUUGAAAAAAAAAAUUAGCGGAUUCCUUGAGCAUAAUUCUAGAUUCCAAAGCUUAGGAUUCCGGAUUGCACAAGCAAAACUCUCCUGGGGCGAGCCUUCGAAUACAGCCGUUUCUCGUCGUCCAUGGCCGCUAUGGACGUUCCGCGGGAUCAAGGGACGAGGAGCGAGGAGAGACGAUUGUACUUAGUAUGAGUGCCGGUAUGUUAAACGGAUGGCCGUGAGUUAAAACCCUAUCUUGAAGACCUUGGUUGCUGGUCCGGCCACCGGUGCUAGCUGUAAUUAAAACCUUAUCUCAGUUCAGAUGAUUGCGUCAUUUGGGGCUGCCGAUUCAGUUCCGUUGAGCUGGAAGGGGCCCCGGUGUCAGUGUCUGUUGAUUUGACUUUGUGCCGUAUAGGUGUGAUCAAAUAUCGACUAAUGCGGCUGACCAGCAUCUCUUGUUCCUCCGCAGUUUAGCCGCCGGCUGCAACAGCACCUGUUUAAUAUUAUAUUUUUAUCAAAAAGUCCACACAACAGUUAUACGGCUUCUAGUGAUCAAGGAAACUUUUUAAUUUCGCUUCAAAUUUCAAUUCUUGAAGAGAAGGGUGCGGCUCAACUCCCUUUACGUAGUGGUAUUUCCUUAAAAUACCACAAACACCAAAACGUGAUCACUUUUGGUGAUAGGCUAUUCUACUGAUAGAUCAUAAAAGGCUCAAUUGACCUUUUUAUUAUCGAUCUAUAUACUCGUUUUUACUGUCUUAAGCAGAUAUUGGUUUUAAGAAAGGCGUAGUUUCCGCCUGGGGCAGUAAUUUCACUUCUCUAAAGUUUUUCUGAGCUCUUUUCAGAUAUUUGCUUGUUAAAGAAUAAAAAUAAUCAAAUUAAUUAAUAAAUAGAUAAAAUAUAAACCUUCCUUUGAAUUUUUAAGAUAAAAGAGGAAGCAUUGAAAAGAGGCACCUUGCGCAGUUACCUAAGUUACAGUAGCUUAAAGUAACUGAUCACAACUCUUUCGGCAUCGUCUCGUCUCGAUAGGAGUAACAGCAAAAACGUUAGGAAUUUAUAUCGCCACAAACUUCCUCUACGCUUGGGCUGACCCAUUAAACGCUCGGGGAGGGGGGGGGGGGGGGGGGGGUAUUCCCGGGAAUUCCUGAUCCUGAUCCUAUUUCAGAUUUCUAUUUCAGACACUAUUUGUCAUUGCGCACUUUGCAACAAAAUAGUCGCACUUGGAAAUAAAAUCAUUGCACUUUGUAAUAAUCACCGCCUUUUGUAAUACCUGCCGUACUUUUUUAAAAUAAUCGUCGCAAUUUGUAAUAAAAUUGUCGCAAUUUGUAAUACGUGUCCUUGGUUCAAAAAAAUUGGUGGCAUGAUCAAUAAAUGACAAUUUGGUGGUUCAAAACUAGCCAAAAGUGCAAAUUAUGCUUAUGAUGACGGUUAUGCCUAAAUUAUACUGGUAGCUGCAGAAUCUAUCAAAUCCUAGCGACAGAACAGCUAUUUUCAUAUCUAAACAGUAUCGAACCGGCAAGCUACAGAUGAAACCAAAAUCGAAAUAAUCCUCAGUACAGUUUUCAGUGCGGCACAACUAGCUACUGUUAAUUUUCCACAGUACCCAAAAGGAGAGCUCAACUCUGGACAAGGCUUCGUCAAUUGCAUCUUUCAGAUCAAUGGCAACAAAAGUAGUAAACUUGAGCGAAACAAACCUGACGUGUUUUUUCUUGAACGUUUUUCGGCAACAUUCAAGUCAGAGCAUCACUGUCAGUGUUGUAUCGUGCGUUGUUACCUCUUUGUUUGCUUACACGGCAGUUAUGGCUAAUGGCGCGACAAUGCUUGUCAUUUGGAAAACAAGAGAACUUCAUUCGCCAUCAUUGACACUGAUGUUUUGCCUGGCUUUUUCUGAUUUUGUUGUUGGAUUGCUUGGCCAGCCGUUAUUCGUCGCUUUUAAAUCAGCGGAACUACUUGGCAAGUUCGACGCGUACUGUAAGUUGAGACUUUCGCAGUUUUUUAUUGGGUGGAUCACGGGAAGUUUAUCUUUUGUAAUUGUAAGCGGAGUUUCCUUCGAUAGACUCCUUUCUUUGAAACUCCACUUGCGAUACACGGCUACCAUCACAGUUCCAAGGGUGCUAACACUGGUAGCAUCAGUAUUGGUAUGUUUGUCGGCUAUUUUGACAGUUUUAAAGCUGUGGUUGAAGGACAACUGGAUUAUCAUACCCGCCGCAAUAUUUUCAGUGACGUCGCUAGUAUAG